GGCAAAUGAACAAAAAUGAAUAGAGGGACUUAGAUGAGGUAGGUUAGGGAAAGGUAUUUUGAAAAUGUAUGUUUUAUUUCCGUAGACUAUGUAUUAUUAACCGACCAAAGAGGUUUUACUGUACCACAAUCAGUCAAUCAACCAGUAAUGUGUGAAUUUAACAAUGGCCAAUGCUAUCAACCAGUAACUUCUUCAGUCUAGAUAGAGAAGUAAACACCUCUGUCAAUACUGGGGGCUGUUCCUGGAGAUUGAUAACGUCUUAAUUAAAAACAUGUCAACUAAUUGCUUCGUCUUCAAAAAAAAUGCAGACCUUUACGUUAGUCAAGAUUCUACAUCAGAUUUGUACCAUAUUAGGUGAAUGAGGUGUCUAGUACAUCCAGGGCAACCUACAGGUGGAGUUGUAUGUAACAGGUGAAGAGAUAACAGGUGUUCUGAAUCUACUCACACCUGUUACACACACACACACCUGUAUACACUCACAGACACACCUGUACACACACACUCACAGAGCUACUUAGUUUGUAUAUACGCUCUUUGAGUUGUUUUGCCUGUCAUUGAUUAUAAGCAUAAAAACAGUUUCUGUGCUAGUACAGUAUUAAUAGUCCAUUGAAGGUCAAGACAUACUGAGGAAGGUGUUUCUCAGGAUCAGAGGACAAUUAUUGUGGAGGUGAUGAUUGGUACAAAGGAAACAGUAGUGACAGGAACUGUGGUGCUAGUGUUCUUUUGGAGUGGAAUUCUUCACCUUAGUUGCAGGUGGAUCAUCUCUGUCCUUCUAUCACAUUGGGACAUGUUUCCUAAUACAAACUUGGCUCAUCAUGUACAUUUGCUUCAAGAAGCUACGUCACAAAUUGGUGAAAUAGAAUCAAGCUUGGCAAAUGAACGCAGGUUAAUGUCGAACAAUCUCAAGAAGUUGGUUACACUCCUUGAAGACCUUGUUGGUGAGAUAGAUCUUGAACAGGUGACUGACAAGAAGCUGGAGAAAUAUUUUGAUUUUGUCAGCGAAAAGCUCUCUCUCUUAGAUCCUCUGAUGAUAAAAGCUCGUGACUUGAAUGAUGCCUUGAACAACAACUUGGAGACUGAUCUUGCUGAAGUUCUAAGACGUUUUAGUGCUGUUAAGCAAGACUUUUUUAGAAUAUUUUCCCCAAAAUACAUUGAGGGAAGAAACACUGGAGAUAGCAAGUAUAUGGCGGGUGAUGAGAGAGUGUAUGGUGAUCAUAAUAGGAAUUUUCUACAAAGGAAUGAACUUUAAUUUUUAUUUUGACUAUAGUCGUUUUUGUUUUUUUCCAGUUGAUGGUACUGUAUAAGUCCCCACCUCCCCCCUUUGCAGCUCAUUGGCUUAUACAUAAUGUUUGCAUAAUAUUGAUAUACAGUAUUGCAAAUAAAUUCACAUAUAAUUGUAAUUGAUAUCCAGUGUUGGUUCAUUUUAAUGCUGAAUUUAACGUAUGUAAAGCUAUAACUGCUUGAAAACAUUAACUUUCAAGAUGUGAGUGGAUAAAAAAGUUUGAAAUAAAGAAUAUUUACUGUCAAAAUAACAAACAAAGUCAUGCUUUUGGAGAGGGGCUUCUUAUCUUAGUAAAAAAAAAAAUAAACGACUAUAGUGUACAUUAAUAUCAUGUACUGAACUGGGUAAUUUUGAUUCUCAUUAUUUCUGACUAUUUACUAAACCUUUAAAUACUGUGUAUGUAUGUAUUAAAAAAAGUCCUGUUCUGUACUGUAUAUCUUGCGAGACAAAGAGGAUCAAGAGUAAGAAAUGCCAUAAACUUUAUAAUUUUACUUUACAUUAAUCCCCGAGUCCCAAAAUGUGUAUACUGUAUAGUCUAUUCACUUAAAUAUUCCAGUGUACAGUAUCACCAAACUUGUGAAUAAUUUGUUAGUUUACUGAAAGGAAGAGUUGUGGUAUUGCACUAAUUUUCAUGUAAAGGAAAGUUGAUAUGACUACAGAUAAUUGUUUUUCAGCUAAGAAUAUUGGGAAAUGUAUGAGGUGCACAGAACUGAAGUAAGACAAGAGCUGUAAGUGAGAAACAGAGAAAAUGCAGUUAAAGUUGUAGCAAACCUUCAAAUUACCAUAACUUUGGAACCAGUGAAGAUAUUGAAGUGAUUCAAGUGGCCGAUUGUAGCAUUGUUUUGUGGCAUACCAGCGCUUGUCCUACUUGGGUUCUGUUCUCCUCAAGUUGUUUUAAGGGGAUUUACAUUUGGUGGUUUUUUAUUUUAUUAAUUUAUUUAGUAGUCUUCAUAAAUAAGUCACCCUGUUUAGUACACUUGCAGUAUCUCAACUCCCCAUCUUAUCUCUACCACUGAGGUAAGCAUCUGGGUUACUGAUGUAACAAAUGAUUAUUUGUCCCUAUAUUGAAUGUAACAUAUUUUAUGUAACAAAUUACUCUUUUAUUGUCUUUUUAAUUCUUUAUGUUUAUUU